AGCUCGACCGAUAAACAUCAAAAUGCCAUUCAGUCAGUCAAUAUUUUUUUCUGUAAUCAUUGUUUUCGCAUGGCAAAUUUGUACAUUCACAACAUUUGGACAUGCGAUCGCCGGGCAAUCAAACGACUUCAGCGGUACAAAUGCGAUGGAAAUUCAAAUCAAUAAGACGAAUUUCACAUCAGCAGUUCGUAGCUCAAGAGUGGGACCGCUUUGGGAAGUUUUUAAUACGUUGAUUCCGACCGCGAAAGACAAUGAGAAUAAUCAAUUUUGUGAUUGCACUUGCGGAUUAUCAAAGGGAGGGUUUAAAAUCGUUGGUGGCCGUGAGAGUACACCGCAUAAGCAUCCUUGGAUGGCACGAUUAACAUACCGCGGUCAAUCAUUUUGUGGCGGUACUCUCAUCAGUGAACGUCACGUGAUCACAGCUGCUCAUUGUACUAAUUCCUUCAACUGGUUCACAAAACGGUAUGUAAAGGUGGUACUCGGCACGCACGACAAAUGCGGAGCCGGCAAGAACGAAUGGUCGUCAUACGUGGCCUCAGUAACAACGCCAUCGUUUACAUUCAUGCCCAUUUUUGGAACUGAUAUUUCGCUGCUUAAACUGUCGAAUCCAGUACCAUUCAGCGAAUUCAUAAAGCCAAUCUGUUUGCCAGAGACCAAUGAUUCUUCAGACUAUAAUGGACGGGAUGGAAUUGUAGCCGGUUGGGGAACAACCGCUGAAGGCGGUAAUUCAUCGUGCAUAUUAAAAGAAGUCAAUUUACCAAUUAUGACUAACGAUCUGUGCUUUAAACACACCCAAUACAGAAAUGUAUCGGCUCUAUUGAAUAAAGAAUACAUGAUGUGUGCCGGAUUUCCAGAGGGCAAAGCAGAUUCAUGUCAGGGCGACAGUGGUGGACCACUUAUGGUCUUACGAGAAGAUAAACGCUAUCAAAUCGUUGGGGUUGUUUCGUUUGGAAUGGGCUGUGCUCGACCAAAUUUCCCGGGCAUUUAUACACGUGUAACGAAACAUCUAAAUUGGAUAAAGAAAAACACUCACGAAGGAUGCUAUUGUAAAAAUUAACUACAUAUUAAAAUUCAAUCAAAAUAAUACAUCGGCAGUUAGAUUAGCAUUAAGGAAAAUAACAACAAAAACAUUGUUUUCUAAUUUAUUUAUUUUUUACAUACAAUUUCCAUGAAAUAUCCCAAUUGUCAUUUCAAUAGAAUAAGAAUAACAAUUACAAUAAAAUAGUAACUAAAAUAAAAAAAGUACUAAAAUAAUAAA